UCUCUCUCUCUCUCUGUGUCAGCAAUGAUCCAUCAUUCCUUCCUUUCUGCUCAUUACAGGUUCUGCCAUGGGAGAAACACUAAAGAUGAUGUUUUUCUUUGUUCUUCUGUCUUGUGUUUUCCUAGAGACCUCUGCACAGAGAGAAGCCCAAGCUUUAUUGAAAUGGAAAAGCAGCUUAAUCUCUAAUUCUCUCACUUCAUGGUCUCUUACUAAUGGCAGCACUAGUCCUUGCAACUGGACUGGAAUUCACUGCAAUAAAGAUGGAAGUGUGGUAGGGAUAAACCUGGUCAGAUCUGGCAUUGAUGGAACUCUUGACAAAUUCGACUUCACUGCCUUCCCCAAUCUCACCUCCCUCAAUCUCAACAAAAACAGCCUUGAUGGGGUAAUCCCAACUGAAAUUGGGGCUCUUACUAAACUCACUUUUCUCAAUCUUAGUAGCAACAAUUUCACUGAUGCAAUCCCUGGGGAGAUCGGAAAUCUAGUGGAACUUCAUGUGCUUUGGCUCGCCGACAACUCACUCACUGGCAUAAUUCCAUAUCAGAUCAGCAAUCUUCAGAAGGUAUGGUUUCUCAAUUUGGAUGGAAACUAUCUAAAGAAUCCAGACCCAGUUCGUUUUAGAGGCAUGCCAACAUUAACACACCUAGACCUUGGUCUCAACUAUCUUGGAUCAGAUAUCCCACCAUUCAUCUAUCAAAGUCCAAAUCUAACUUUUCUGGAAUUGUCAUCAAAUUUUUUCAAUGGUCUGAUACCACUUCAAAUAAUGGCCACAUUCAAGAAACUUCAAUUCCUUGUCCUGACCAAUAAUCAGUUUGAAGGACCAAUUCCAGUAGAUAAACUGAAGAAUUUAACUGAACUUCAAGGCCUUCAGCUGGGAAUGAACAUGCUGAAUGGGACAAUACCUGAUGAAAUUGGCCUCCUGACCAACCUCACAAUCCUAGAAUUGCAUGAUAAUCCUCUUCAUGGGUCAAUACCAUCUUCAAUAGGAAACCUCAAGAUGCUUCAAACACUAAAUCUAGGGAAUGCAAGCCUCAGUUCCAGCAUCCCAGAUGAGCUUGGCUUUUGCACCAAUCUCACUUUUCUUGAACUGUCCAACAACAACCUUUCAGGUUCCUUGCCUCUUUCCAUGGCCUCACUAACCCAGAUUUCUGCACUUGGAAUGUCUAACAAUAACUUAUCUGGAGAACUUCACCCUUAUUUCCUCUCCAAUUGGACUGAACUCAUCUCUUUGCAACUCUAUAACAAUAGUUUCACCGGAUCAAUCCCUCCUGAAAUUGGAGCACUUCAUAAGGUCGGGGUUUUGUUCUUAUAUGAGAAUCAAUUAUCAGGUCAAAUACCAUCUGAGAUUGGAAACUUGUUAAAUUUAACACAGUUUCACCUAGCUGACAACUUGUUCACUGGUCCCAUCCCUUCCAGCAUAGGAAAUCUAUCUAAGGUAUUUAGUCUAAAUUUUGCCAACAACCGGCUCAGUGGGAUUCUGCCUGAUGAAAUUGGUAAUAUGGAAAGCCUACAAACUCUCGAUUUAAGUGGAAACAUGCUGCAGGGAAACUUGCCUUCAUCGAUCACCCGCUUGCAGAAUUUGGGUCUCUUCUUUGUAGCGUUUAACAAUUUCUCUGGUAGUAUACCAGAAGAUUUUGGCCCUGGUUCUCUCAUAAAUGUAACUUUCUCUUACAACAACUUCUCUGGCAAGCUCCCUCCCCAAAUCUGUAGAGGAAGACAGAUGAUUUAUUUAGGAGCAAAUGGAAAUAGAUUUGAUGGGCCAAUCCCAGAAAGCCUUAAAAACUGUACAGGCUUGAUCAGAGUCCGCCUUGAGCAUAACUUUCUUUACGGAGACAUCACAAAUGCAUUUGGGGUAUACCCUGAUCUUGAGUACAUUGACUUGGGCAGUAACCAAUUUUUUGGUGAACUAUCUUUGAAUUGGGGAAAGUGUGCAAUGCUGUCCUACUUUGGAGCAUCUUCUAAUAUGAUAUCAGGAAAUAUCCCAUCAGACAUUGGAAAGUUGGAUUUUCUGCAAUACCUCAGCCUUUCUUCAAAUCAACUAACAGGGAAGAUUCCAUUAGAGCUCUUCAACUCAUCUUCACUUCUAUACAAGCUUAAUUUGAGCGAUAAUAGGCUCUCAGGGCAGAUACCAACAGAGAUUGGAAGGCUAUCAAAUCUGCAAAGUCUAGACCUAUCGGCAAACAAUCUCACAGGGGCAAUACCACAAGAACUUGGGGACUGUCAAGUACUAAUACUCUUGAAUCUCAGUGAUAAUGAAUUAAAUGGGACAAUCCCUUUCCACCUCGGGAACUUGGCGGCCUUGCAGUCUCUUCUAGAUCUCAGUCUCAAUUCUCUCAGUGGAGAGAUACCAUCACAGUUUGGGAACUUGAAAUCACUAGAAAAUCUGAAUCUUUCUCACAACAGACUCUCUGGUUCGAUACCCACUGCCCUGCAAGGUUUGAUUAGUCUUCAAUCUGUCGAUAUAUCAUAUAACAAUCUUGAGGGUCCGCUUCCAGGUAUUGUGGCUUUCCAGAAUGCUUCGGCCAAUGAAGUAGCAGGUAACACAGGUCUUUGUGGUGAAAGUGCGCAAGGUUUGGAACCCUGCAGUGGAAGCUCUUCAUCUAGAAAUCGCAUCAUUGCUAUUGUCGUUCCUGUGGCUACCCUUUUGCUUGUAUCGAUUGUGUUGGGAGUCUUCUUCUAUCGUCGUGGUCACAGAGAAGAUCUAAACACAGAAACCCAUUAUUCACCAAAUGAGGAAUCAUUCUCAAUAUGGAAUUACAAUGUGAAGGUAGAGUUCAAGGAUAUUGUGGCUGCUACAGAUAACUUCAGUGAGACAUUUUUCAUAGGGAAAGGUGGACAAGGGAGUGUAUAUAAAGCAAUUCUUCCAACUGGUGAGAUUUUUGCAGUGAAACGUCUUCAUCAAUGUUCAUCAGAUGAAAAUGGGUUUUCUCAGAAUGAAUGGCAGAAGAAUUUUGAAUCUGAAGUCCAUUCACUGACAGGAAUCAGGCACAGGAAUAUUGUGAAGAUGUUUGGAUGCUGUUCAGUGAAGGGUUUCGUGUAUUUUGUCUCUGAGUAUGUGGAAAGGGGAAAUUUGAGAAAAUUUCUAUAUGAGGAGAAAGAAGCCAUGGCCUUGGACUGGGUGAUGAGAUUGAAGAUCAUCAAAGGCGUAGCUCAUGCCUUAUCUUACUUGCACAAUGACUGUGGGCCGGCUAUUGUGCACAGGGAUAUAUCACCAAAUAAUAUUUUGUUGGAUUCAGAGUUUGAGCCUAAAAUUUCUGAUUUUGGGACUGCAAGGUUCUUGAGAGCUGGAGAAUCUAACUGGACAGCACCAGUUGGUUCUUAUGGCUACAUUGCUCCAGAGCUUGCAACCACAAUGAAGGUAACGGAGAAAUGCGAUGUAUACAGUUUUGGAGUGGUAGCAUUAGAAGUACUAAUGGGAAAGCACCCAAGUGAACUCCUUCCGUCCCUAGAGUCUGAAGUGGAUCAUGAUUGGCAACUUGUUAGUACAAUAUUAGACCGGCGGCUACCACCACCUCCAGCUGGUUUUAUAGCACAAGAACUAGUUUCAACAGUGAUCCUUGCUUUGGCAUCCACACGCAAAGAUCCUAGUUCUCGACCCACCAUGCAUCAGGUCUCUCAGAAGUUGUUAUCCAUUGAGUCUUUCCAUAUGGUUUCAAUACAAGACUUGAUGGAAUUUGCAUGACAUCCCUCCCUCCCUCCCUCCCUCUUUUUCUCUCUUUUAAAAUUGUCUCUCCUUUGCAAGGAUAUAAUCAUUUCACAUAUGUAUAAAAUAAAUGUUUCGUAUUGACA